ACUAGCUUCAUGUCCAGACUUUGCUCGUUGUAAGUGGGUAUAAAAUGCCCUUUGCGUCUUUCUCCUACAUUUUAACCAGGACAAACUCUGCCUCAAACCAUAUUUGAACGUCCAUCCUAAAGAUUUGAGAAGUAAUGAAGUUCUACGAAGACAGGCUGUAUGGCCCAUCACACAUUCCUGCAGGAGCAAGAGGAAGAGUCCUACAUGGAACACACCCUGGUUCUUCCCCUGGAUUCACCGGUGUGCAUAGUGUCCCGGGUGUCAUGCCGUAUACCCUCAACACACUAGAAGCAAUGACGCAGGCAGACCUGUGCUGCUUAUGCUCUGGCUCUCCAGCAGUAAGGAGACCUGAUAGAGGAGAAAGAUUUGAAAUAGAUACGCUUCCUGGCAAGACAUGGCAGAAUCCCCUGCAGCCACUGGAGGAUUCCCCAAAAUCUGAGCGUGGAAGCUGGGAGAGGGUCAAGUCUAUGAGCAUGUCUGCGCUGAAGAUUCCAAUGCUCUUUGGGUUCCUUUAUCUGUUUGUCUGCUCUCUUGACGUGCUCAGCUCGGCCUUCCAGCUGGCUGGAGGAAAGGUGGCUGGUGACAUUUUCAAGGACAAUGCAAUCCUAUCAAAUCCCGUGGCUGGCCUUGUUGUGGGCAUCUUGGUCACCGUACUCGUUCAGAGCUCCAGUACCUCCACUUCAAUCAUUGUCAGUAUGGUAUCAUCUGGAUUGCUGGGUGUGCAAUCAGCUAUCCCCAUUAUCAUGGGCUCCAACAUUGGCACAUCAGUCACAAAUACCAUUGUUGCACUGAUGCAGGCUGGUGACAGGAAUGAGUUUAAAAGGGCAUUUGCAGGCGCUACAGUGCAUGACUGCUUUAAUUGGCUUUCAGUGCUUGUUUUGUUGCCACUGGAGGUAGCCACUGGCUACUUACAUCAAGUAACCAAAAUUGUUGUGGCCUCUUUCAAGAUCCAAAGUGGUAGAGAUGCUCCUGCUCUUCUUACCAUUAUCACAGAACCAUUUACCAAGCUAAUUAUUCAGCUUGACAAGACUGUAAUCACAGGCAUUGCCACUGGAGAUGAAAGUCUGCGUAAUAAAAGCCUGAUCAGAGUCAUAUGCAAAGAGAAGAUUACCCAGAUUUUCACGAAUGCCUCCGAGGAAAAUAUUCAGAACUGUAAUACCUCCGGGCAAUGCUGGCAGGAAGUGGCUAACACAUCAUUCAACCAUGAGACAGAAAAAUGUAACCAUUUAUUUGUUAAUUCAAGCUUGCCUGACUUGGCUGUUGGACUGAUUUUAUUGGCUGGAUCCCUGGUGAUACUAUGUACCUGUCUGGUAAUGCUGGUCAAAAUUCUCAACUCUGUCUUAAAGGGACAUGUUGCCAAAGCCAUCAAGAAAGUGAUUAAUACUGAUUUCCCUUAUCCGUUUACAUGGUUAACGGGUUAUUUUGCAAUGGUUAUUGGCGCUGGGAUGACUUUUGUUGUACAAAGCAGCUCUGUGUUCACCUCUGCAAUUACACCUUUAAUUGGAAUUGGAGUCAUUAGUAUUGAACGAGCAUAUCCUCUCACACUCGGUUCUAACAUUGGUACAACCACAACAGCUAUACUGGCAGCUCUCGCAAGCCCGGGUGACAAACUAGCCAGUGCCUUCCAGAUUGCUUUGUGCCAUUUCUUCUUCAACAUCUCUGGCAUCUUACUGUGGUAUCCCUUACCCUUUACGCGACUCCCUAUUCGCAUGGCGAAGACCCUUGGAAAGCGUACAGCCAAAUACCGCUGGUUUGCUGUUCUCUACUUGAUCAUUUGUUUCUUGCUGCUGCCAUCCCUGAUUUUUGGCAUUUCCAUGGCUGGUUGGCAGGUCCUUGUAGGUGUUGGGGCACCCUUUCUAGGUAUGCUGUUCUUCAUCGGUGCUGUCAACUUACUGCAAAUCCACAGCCCAGGCCGCCUGCCAAAAAGGCUGCAGACGUGGGAUUUCCUCCCAGCAUGGAUGCACUCUUUAAAGCCUAUGGAUACCAUCAUAACCAGUGCCACUUUGUGCUGUACUGACCACUGCACCUGUUCACAGAAACAGGAAGAUACUGACUCUAUCUUUGGACCUGACAGAUCUCCAAAACCAAAAGCCAGGACGGGCUAUGAUAAUCCAGCUAUAUCUUACAUUGAUGAGGCCCCGAUCUCCAUACCACCUGUGAUAAGGGGUGAUAUCCAAUUCCAGAGUGUUACACAGUUAUAGUUUCAUUUAAAGCAAGUACUUAUAGAAGUCACUGGGGUACCAUAAUAGACUCGGCUAUCUCCAAGGCUCACGUCAGAAUCCUCUUCACUGUCAUACAUGUCAGAGGAAGAACCUUGUUCUCUUAUAGCAUAAUUAAAAAAAAAGUUGGCUAUACAUUUCAUUCAAGUAUGUAUAGAAUGUAGUGUGCAUCUGUGAAAUGUUACUGGAUGUGCCUAUGGAAACCUACAAGUAAGCGACAGCGUAUUAUUUUUUGUGUAAAUCAGCUUUAUCCUAGCCUGAAGUUAUAAACAAUAAAACAAGUAGUAUAUAUCUCACUCAUGCUUUGAAGGAGAAUAAAUGGUUUAACAGUUGCAGGCACUUGAUGAAUGAUAUCCCACGUGUCAUUUGUUCACUGGGUAGCAGUCUUUGACUCUGGGAAGAAACAAUCUUAUGUGGAUUAACCCUGAUAGAUAUUGUACUAAUUAGGAAAGAGAUGUAAAAUGCUCUCUGUAAAGGUGUGGGAGCUCACGGUUUUCUUAAUCCAUCAGCACACAGGGAUUAUAUACAGUGAAAAGGAUUAGAUUUGUUGUAUGACUAGAUGAAUCCACUUUCUCUCAUGCAGAAUUGAGAGCUGCGUAAGGAACAUGUUUAGUAGCAGUUCUGGUGGUAAAUGUACAUGUAAAGAAUUCAUAAUUCAAACCGAUGGUGCUGACUGUAAAAAAAAAUGUAUAUGUAUAUGUAAUUGUAUGUGCAAUUUUUAAAGCCAGGUCUUUGUCUAUGCAUUAGUAUUACUGUGCGCUUAGCAUCUCUCCAAUAAGGUCUAAGAGCUAAUGAAUUAAUAAAGACAUCAACAAGUUAUUGUUUGACA